AGUAGUUAGUGUCCGGGGCACAGAACAGGGAAGAUGUCAUGAAGGAAACACCUGCUUUGGUAAGCCGAGGAACAUGGGCCUGGGUCACUCCAAGGCUCACCCUCGGGUGAUCAAAGUCACACCUUUACAAAGCCAACAAGCAGAGACACCCUCAACUGGCCCUGUGUUCUUUCCAUUGAAUCGGUACCUGGAAGAAAAAAGCCCAUUCUCAAGAUUGCAGGACCAAAGUAGAAUUCGAGAAGGACAGCUACCACCUCUUCGAGAAACUUGGUAUGGAAGGCUCCCUGCAGUAUCCAGGGCCAUGUAUCUUGACAUCCCACUGAAACAUGAAGAAACAAGUAUUAUCAAAAGGCAUCCACCCCGAAGAAUUCAAAAGCUUGAACCCAUUGACCUGCCACAAGCAAUUACCUCUGAAAGGCUUCUGUGCCAGCAAGAAGCCAGAACAAAGCCCAACGCAAAGCAGGAAAAUGAGAAGAAAAUUCAACUUCCUAUGUACACUUCUGGGAAAAGACAAUAUUUGCAUAAGAUGAAAAUGCUAGAGAUGAACCAUAAAAGACAAGAGGCCCAAAUGGAGUUGAGGAAGAGUCUUCUGAGUAAAGCGAUGCUUGACAUGCAAAAGCUGAAGGACCAUAAUGGCAAUAAAAUCACCCAGAGCAAGCCAAGGAGCAAGGGCUAUGACAUUCUCACCAUACUGCCUGAUGAAAACAUAAACAGAGACCCAGGUUCUGUGAAUUUUACCAUGUUCAUGUGGCCACGGGCUCUCCAGAGGCAUGACAUGGAUACAGCCAGAGGAAAAGCACUGACAUUGGAAUCAAAGUCUUUACUGAGCUUCAACAGUGCACCCUCUCUGGAGGAAAUCCCCAGGAUGAAGAAUUCUUGGACUGUCACACAGAGAAUAACUAUUAUGUCCGGAAAAUUGGCAAAAUGGAAACAUGGCUCCGUGAACAAGAAGCCCGGGGACAGCUUUUCUGGGACAGUUCCAGCUCUGACUCUGAUGAGCUUGAGAAAGAUGAGAGGAGACCACAAGCACUGGUGAGAACCAAGACAGAGAAGAUCCCUCUUUAUGACGACUUUUACGACAGUGCGUAAGAAAGCUAGAGGUGCCCCAGGUAGUAACGGCACAGAAUGCCUUGGGUUUGUUUUCGUCCAUAAAAUCAUUCAUAUUUACAUAUGGACUCCUCUGAGGGAUGUAAGCUAUUUUGGUAUGCAGAAAGGAUGUCAUCUGGAACCUUGUGGUUAAUAGCCUUGUCAUGUCUGCUAUA